CCAUUGAUCAAUUCCAUGCAGCAAAUGAACAACCUCAAACUUGUUCCUUUCACCAACCAGAAGAUGGUACACCUGUGGAUGCUCAAUCAGUAAGUGAUUCUAAUCCUGCUUCUAAUGCCUCUACUAAUUCCAUUGUUUCUUUACGUCGUUCUGCUCGUACUAUUCAUCCACCUGAUCGUCUUAACCUUUUUACCUCUGUCUCUUUGUUGACAACAUUAGAUUUUGUUGAUAUACCUCGUUCUUACCAGGAGGCUGUUAGCAUUCCUUGUUGGAAGGAAGCUAUGGAUUUUGAAUUAAGUGCCUUAUUGGAGAAUGAUACUUGGGAUAUGGUACCUUGUCCUUCUAAUGUGUCUAUUAUUGGUAGCAGGUGGGUCUUUUCUGUUAAGCUCAAAGCAGACGGUAGUAUUGAGCAGUAUAAAGCAAGACUUGUUGCCCAAGGUUAUAAGCAAGAGUAUGGAAUUGAUUAUAUAGAAACAUUUGCACCAGUGGCUAAAAUGACUACAGUGAAAUUACUUAUUGCUCUUUCGGCAAUGCAUCAGUGGCCUAUUUCUCAAAUGGAUGUGAAGAAUGCUUUUCUGCAUGGGAAUUUGAAAGAAACUGUUUAUAUGAAGCCUCCUCCAGGUUAUUCACAUUCUAAAUCCAUGGUUUGCAAAUUAAAGAGAUCAUUAUAUGGUCUUAAGCAAGCUCCUCGAGCUUGGUUUGAACGCUUCCGUCAAGUUAUUGUGGAUGCUGGGUAUGUUCAUAGUUCUCAUGAUUAUUCCUUGUUCAUGCAUAACUCUCCACAAGGUGUUACUCUACUUUUGAUUUAUGUCGACAAUAUGCUUAUUACUGGUAGUAAUAAGGAAGGUAUUGCUAAGUUGAAAGAGUUACUUUGUCGUUCUUUUCAGAUGAAAGAUUUGGGGCCACUGACUUAUUUUCUUGGUUUAGAAGUUUACUCAUCUUCUCGAGGUUAUGCGGUGAAUCAACGGAAGUAUGUUCUCAAUUUGAUCCAAUUUGCGAAUCUAUCUGAUGAUAAAUGUGUUGACACUCCAAUGGAAGUAAAUGUCAAGCUUAGGAAGGAGGAUGGUGAAAAACUCUCUAAUCCUAGCUUUUAUCGUCAACUUGUGGGUCGCCUCCUUUAUCUUACUAUGACUAGACCUGAUAUUGCUUAUGCUGUGCAAGUGGUUAGUCAAUUUGUUGCAGAUCCUCGGCGGUUACAUCUAACGGCUGUUCUUCGCAUAAUUCGAUAUCUUCGUGGCACUAUUUCAAGGGGACUUUUCUUCUCUCAUCCUGUAUGCAAUUGCAAGCUUAUGCAGAUGCUGAUUGGGCAGGUUGUCCUGAUACACGUCGCUCCACCACAGGUUGGUGUGUGUUUCUUGGUGAUUCCCUUAUUUCUUGGAAAUGCAAGAAACAGAAAACAGUGUCCAAAUCCACUGCUGAAGCUAAAUACCGAGCAAUGUCUUCAGCAUGUAGUGAAUUGACUUGGCUUCAAGGAUUUUUACAGACACUUUUCCUACUCCUCCUUCACCUCUUUAUGCUGAUAAUAUGAGUGCUAUUCGUAUUGCAUCCAAUCCUGUCUUUCAUGAGCGUACCAAGCACAUUGAAGUGGAUUGCCACUUUAUACGGAAUAUGUAUCUUGCAGGUGCCAUUACUCUU